AUGGUUUCAACACAUUCACAAUACCUAACCGACUAUAAUUCACCUGUUAUGUCGACGAUGGAUUCUGGUAAAUCACCUCUUGCUAUGCUUGCAAAGACUUGCGAAACAAUUGGUCUUCCUGACACAUCGAGUCGGAAAUCCAAUAAAGAUGGUGAUAAAUCUAGGGAUCGUAUCAGUCCGAGUAGCAGUAUAUCGGGUGAAACGAAAAAGGAGGAACCUAGCUCCACGACAAAAAAUAAAAAGGAAGGAUCUAAAAGUCCCCGUCAUAUAGCACAUAGUCCGUCGGUUGGCAAGAAGACCCCGAUAAGUUCCGAGCCAUCUACUAGUGCUGCUGCUUCGUUACCUGCAAAUUUGAUGCUUAGUGCACGAGGCUGUUUUCCCAUGAAUUUUUCACCUCUCGCGGCAAGCUUCCCGGCCUUUCCUUAUCCAUCUCUCAUGCCUGGAUUCCCUACAGUCCCCACUUUUGCUGCUACUGGAGCAUUUCCAGGAGGAACAUCGAAUCCAUUCUUACGGUGUCCAGAUCCAUUAACUUGCAAAGGAUGUCCAGCAACUAUGAUAACAAGGCCAUGCGUAACUCCAGGUUGUACAAGUUGUACGAUACAUAGCGCUGCUGCCGCAGCUACUGCUAGUACCACACCUGCCGAUUUGAUGAUGACUUUCCCACCAUCCUUUUUUGCUGCAGCUUAUAGCCCACUUUUAGCCGGAACAUUACCACCAACAUCAAGUUCGGCAGCUCAAAUUGCUUAUCAAAAUCUGAUGGCUGCAGCUUCUGGACAAGCAACCAAACACAUGUGUAAUUGGAUCGAGUCACCAAAUGGUGUUUGUGGGAAAUCGUUUCCAACCGCCGACGAACUUGCUGCGCAUAUGAAGGCUGCUCAUGCUCCAUCAACAACAAGUUCAAAUAGUAGCAACGAUUUAAAAACGAGCAGUUCACCACGUUCAAACACCACAGCGUCGCUAAUUAAUCAUGCUGCAGCGGCUGCUUCUCUUCGUUAUCACCCGUACAUGAAACCAAGUGGCUUGAUGCCAGCUGUACCAAAUCCACUUGGAAUACCUCCAUUUCCGACGAUGACAGGUUUUCCUUCAGCAGCUGCAUUACAGGCCAUGUAUACCCAACGUCUUAUGGCUACCAUGCCCCAUCCCUAG